AUGAAUAAUAUUUCGUUAUAUUUCAUUUUCUUAUUCUUUUCUUUCAACCUGUUUCACAUUUCUAAAAAGACAAGUGUAAGAGCUUUCGUCUUACCUAAAAGAAUAAUCAAUGGGUCGAGAAGCAUUAAAUCUAACUAUGACUAUAUAGUUGUUGGAGGCGGAGCCGCUGGGUGCGCAUUAGCUAGAACUCUUGCCGAAUCAAAUUAUUCUGUUCUGCUUGUAGAAAGAGGAGGCGCAAGAAUGGAUGAUUCAAUACUUACUCGAGACAUCAAAGGAAUGGGAAGAGUUGUGGAUGAUAAAAAGGUUAGUGAAUUAAUCAUUACUAAACAAGGAGUCAGAACUCAUGUGGGAAACGUAUUGGGAGGUGGGACGGCUAUAAAUAUGGGAAUGAUUAUGGAAGAAAACCCUGAAUAUUUUCAACUUUUAAAAGAAUAUUCUGGGGCGAAUUUCAACGAAACUAUUUUAAAAGAAAGUUAUGAUUGGAUUGUAAAUAAAGUUAGUAACAAAGGUGACCAAAAUCUUCCAAUAGUAGAGCCUAUGGAAGGUGCAUUUAAAGAUAUUGGAUUUGUGACAGAAAGAAACCCAGAAUCCGAAUUUAGCUUAAAUAGAAUAAAUGGAACUUGGAGAGUAUACAAUAUAUUUAAUGUGAGCGACGAAAGUUUUAGAAUGUCAUCUGAUAUUUUACUCUCUGAUUAUCAAAGUGCCAAAAAUAAUACGGUUAUUGAAACAAGUCCCGUCGAUAUUUUGACUAAUCACCUUGUUACAAAAGUAGAGUUUGAAAAAAUAGAAAAUCAUAGAGAAAAUAGAGGGAAUGGACCACAUAAUAAAGAUGUCCCAUUUAUAAGGAAUGUAAAUUCAGGAGGAAAGUUUAAUUUUAACAAAAUGAGUUUUCAAACUGCAUUUUCUGGUAAAAACCACUCUUUAAGUGCAAAGUGUGUCAUUUUAGAAAGAGUUAUGCUGAAAAAUCAGUAUUCUGACUUUGACGAUUACCCAUUGUUAAACAUAACUACAGGAAUGUUGACAAAUGAGUUUAGCGUUGAAAAAACUAUAAAGCCUUCAAAAGAAUUGAUUCGAAGUAUUUUUGCUAAAAGAAUUUGUGUUAACGAUAAUGGAAUGAUAAUACUUUCAUCCGGUGCAAUUCAUACCCCUAUAUUACUUUACAAAUCUGGUAUAGGACCUAUUGAGUCUCUUCAAAAUAUGAAUAUUAUGCCAUUACUAGAAGUUCCUGAUAUGGGAACAAAUAUUGUAGAUAGGUUGUUAUUUGCAAUUCCGUUUUUUUUCAAAAAGGAUAUUUCUACAAGCUCCUUUGUAAAUCCAAUAAUGUCGAGUUUUUCAAAUUCUUCGGGUAAUUGUGGAUAUAGUUGUAGUACUAUUAAUAUUGAAUCCUUGGGUGGAGGGAGAACAGUGGAAGGGACUUUGUAUGCCACAAGGCUUAUUUUUCCUCCAAGACUCAGAAAUAAUAUUGUUACAGAUUUUGUAAUUGAAGUUUUCAAAAAAUGCGCAGAAAAUUACCCAUUGAGUGGAGGAAUACCUAUUUGUCUUGUUCUUCAAUAUCCUUUAGAAUGUCUCAGAAGAUCCGCUGCUGUUUUUUAUUUCACCUCUGAACCAAAGAGUAGGGGUGGAUUAAAUGUAAAAAAAAAUGGAAAAUUUGAGUUGGAUGGGAAUUAUUUGUCAGAAGAAGAAGAUAAAGAAAACGUGAUCAUUGGACUUAGUUCUGUGAUUAAAAUGUUAAGGUCGGGAAAAUUUCAAAAUAUUGCGGAAGAGGGAGGAUACUCAUCUUGUCCAAUGACAGUAUUGAAUGGUAUUAUUGGUGUACUUUCAUCUGCUAGAACUGAGAGAUUAUUUAUCAAUAAACCACUAUCUCCAGAUUUUAUGAAUGAGCUUGAAAAUGUUUACAAUGUAAUCCUUACUUAUAAAAAUUCAUUAUUCCCCGAUGAGUGUAGUACGUUGCCCGACCCAAGAGAUUGUCUCGAGAGUAAAAACAUUAUAUUUGAAAAAAUUGCAACUUUUCCUCCGAUACUUCCAAAAAUUUCAGAUAAAGAUGAAGUUUUAAGAUUGGCUUACAAUAUAGGAACAAGUAUUUGGCAUUGGUCAGGAUCUAUUCCAUUAGGAGAACUGGUAGAGAAUGACUCGUUUUUAUUAUAUGGUACGAAAAAUUUGGGGAUUGUAGACGCAUCUCUUUUAAAAAUAUUACCAAGAAUUAAUCCUGUAUAUACAAUUAUGAGUAUAGGUAGAUAUGCAGGAAUUUCAAUCCGUAAUUUGAGAAAAAAGAAUCAAGAAAAUAUUGAAAAAAUACAUGCAUAA